AUGUCAGGAGUCAGCAGUGAACAGUUGCAUAAAUCAACUUUAAGUGUCUACUCGAACCUGAUGGAACACUUCAACCCAGGUCUUCAGAAACUUGUUGCACUUGGAAACAGCUAUGUGAAAGCUUUCCAAGCCUUAUCCGUCUGCAGUGAGGCCUACUUCAGCACUGUGGCUAAGAUGGGUGACCAGGCCAUUCAUACACUUUCAUCCCAUUCUCUUGGGGAUGUCCUGGUCCAGAUUGCUGAAACCCAGAGGAGACUCACUGCAGAGAUGGAGGGAGUGUUUAAGUGGUUCCAGAUUGAGGUGUUGCAAGCAAUGGAGAAGAAUAUCAAGUUGGAUGAGGAGUACAUUGAAGGUAGUCGCAGAGUGUACGAGCUGGAGGUGAGGAACCAGGCUGAGGCUCUGGAGAAAAAACUCAGACGAGGAACAUACAGAGACUCUCUGGAGAACAGUGAAUACAUGAUCUACCUAAAGCAGAGCCAGCAGGAGAUCCUGAAAGAGGAGGAGAGGAGGUAUCGUUUCUUGGCAGAGAAGCACUGCGGCCUCACUCAGUCACUGCUGUUUCUUGUAAACAAGACCGGUGCAUCCCUGCAGCAAAAGGCAGAUAGUUGGAAAGUGAAGGUGAAUGAUACCAGAGGGUCCAGAUCUCUAACUCCCAACCAUUUAGACCAAGAGGUGCAGCUCCGAGGGUCAGUGAGCUCUCUGCUGCAAACUGUAGCCAGAGAUGAGGAUAUGUCCUGGGCCAGGAGGGAGCAGCUGGCACUGGGUCGAGUGCCCUCUAGAGCUCCAUCUCCACUUCCCAGCCGCUCUCGCUCCAGCUCAGUGGGGGAAUCUUUGGGUUUGGGUGGAGGGAGACCCAUGAGAGCCUUGGUGUCUCACCCCUCCUCGUCCAACCCAAAGCUUUUACCUUUCAGUAAAGGAGAGACAGUCAUUGUGCUGGUCCAGGAGCCACGCAAUGGCUGGUUGUAUGGUCGCACUGACAGCAGCCUGCGGUGA